AUGGCUACGGCAAUUAAUAUUCUUCCUCAACCAAACAUGGAUGACUGUGUAAACGAUUUGUUGAUAGUGCGUCUUGUAGAUGCGUCAUCAGGUAGCGAUGUUCAUCAAAUUAAAAUGAAAAGCGGGCUGCUCAAAAUCCACAAUGUAAGAUAUUUCAACCAAAGCGUUCAAAGAUUGAAAAGCGAUUUAAAACCAUGGAUACCACUACCUUCUGAGGCAAGACAAUCAUGGUCUGAAAUGCUGGGACAACCAGAAAGUAAGUCAGUCGAAUUCAAUGAUAUAGAUGAAUGUAUCCGCUACAUACAAUUAUUUCGCAAGAAAAGAAUUAUUCUUCUGAUAUUCAAUGAACAGGCAAAUGUUAACUAUAUUAAGUCAGCUAUUGGAGAUUUAGCAAACGUUAUUGGAAUCUACCGUUGUAUCUCUCAAAGACAAUAUAAAAACAGAAGAAGUCGUUUAUUUUCCAAGAACAAACACUCUGUACUGAGAAGGUUUGCGGAAAUCGAUGUUACCUCUCCUACUGAAACUCUUGAUAAAUCUCAGCAAGCAGUUCUGAUGACAAUUAUCUUUCUCGACCUGAUACAAUAUAUUCCACAACGAAAUAAUGCAAUGGAUGAUUUUAUAAAAUAUUGUGAAGAGAAGUAUCGAGGUGAUAAAAAAUAUCCACAGUACAUAGUAGAGAUGGACGAGUUCAAAAGAUCCUACCAGCGGAACGCAAUACACUGGUUUUCAAGAAAUAAGACUUUUCUUAACCGUAUGGUUAGUAACACUUGUGCUGCUCUGGACUUUGAUGCACUACCAAAAGUAAGCUUCUUUUUGCGCGAUUUAUAUCAAGAAUUGGAAAAGCAGCAUACUGAACAAAUACAAUCUGGACGAUUGCGAUCAGGUUUGACAGUGUAUCGUGGUGCCAAAAUGAUGGAAGAGGAAUUGAACCAAUUUCAACAAGGUGCUUUAUUUGUAAAUAGAUGCUUCGUUUCUACUACUACAGAAAAAAAUGUUAUAGCUGGAUUUGCAGGUGAAGGUAGCGGUUUGACUAAUGGUCAUUCAGUUUUUCUCACAAUGAACAUUGAUUAUAUUGACAUUCGAGACAAGCCAGUUGCACAUAUUGAUCAUAUCAGUCAAAUGUCGGACGAGAAAGAAGUGCUUUUGUGUAUGGGAAUUAUUUUUCGCGUCAAAUCAUGCAUACAAACUGGAAGCGGUCUGAACUCAAGAUGGGAAAUUGAAAUGGUUCGCGGAGAAGAAGAAGUGAAACUUGAGAGACAUGCAAGUCAAUACCUCAACUCGAUAGCAGAUAGUGGUUUAAGCGUGUUUACCGCCAUGCAAUUUACAACAGAUAUCAAAGAUCAUCUCAAGUCAACUUCUCGAACAUACCAUGCACCACACACAUCAACCGGAGAACAUCAGUCGAUCGCAGUUAAUAACCAUAACACGUCUGCGCAGCAACUUGACAAUGCACCAACGUCACGCGAGCUCACUGUGAUGGAACAUCUUCCUGAUAAUCCACACAUCGCGAUAGAAAUUCCUGAACAACCACCUAGUUCACAGAUAGUUUCCAGUGCUACCACGGGUAUGACUUUCAUUCAACAAGCCAUAAACGUUUUUGCGAUUUUAAAUGUAUUGGGAGCUGUUCCAUUUUUCGUUCACGCUGUGAAUGAUCUCAAAUCAUCUGAUGGACCACCGAUAUGUAAAGCAGUACCAUCUGUCCAAAAUCCAUCGCCGAACUAUCAAGUAGAACAUCUUUACUUUUUCUGUUCUGAAACGCUGUCCAAUAUGACUAUCAUCCAAAAAGUUCAACGCACGUUUAAUGAAACUCAUGCUCAGCAAUAUCAAACAUUUUGGAAUCAUUCAACAAAUAUGACGUAUGUGGAAAAUCCAACAGAGAUUAUUUACACUUGGUUUUCGCUACCUGGCAUGUACAUCGUCAAAGAAAGUUUUCCUCACUUCAUCGAAGCGCAAUUCUAUUACACAGCUAAUGCAUCACGUAUCCUAGGAAACGACACUUGGGAAAUAUGGGUUCAAUUUAUCAACGGACGACAUUUUCAUUUAUCGGGCACUUUCUAA